GUAACAAUUCGGUUAAAAUACGAUUUAAAAUGAAUAUCGUAACGAUAUCGCUUUUAUUCGUGUUUCUUGGCUCGAAAAUUACAUUGGCAAAUCGAACGUCUUUUUACACGCAGGAAGUACUUUGUUUGAGCGAACUGCCGAUGAGCGAGUUGAUCCAAAUAAAGUCCACACUCGGGGACGAAGAAGAUGUCGAGGAAGACGAACAACCGGAAGAAAUAUCGAGCAGAACAUUUUCGUUGUCAUUGCCUGUCGCGCAACCCCUGAAAAGAACAAACGGAAAGCCGAUGAGAAGGUACGAGGAUCAUUACGAGGAGAAAGGAAAGGAUACGAAAAUUUCGAAGAUAUUUCAAUUAUCGGUGACGGCGCUUUCGUUCCUUGCUUUCGGUGGCUACCUUCUCUGUCUCAUAAUAACAGGAAUUCGUCAAGGAAACACGGGCAAUGGAAAUGUUAUAGUGCUCUCGGUGAGUGAAUAUUUUCAUUUACUCGAUAGGUACAACAACAAAAUUGAAAGACGAAUCGAAACAUUCGUUCGUGAUAAUCCUAAAAUUUUUCAGAACUUGCAGGGUUUGCAAGCGUAUAAUCGUCCUAAAAGAGACGUGCCUGCCUUCGAAUCAUUAGAGGACAAUUUAGAAAUUGAAAAGUUAUAUCGAGGGAUGAUUCUGCUGUCGAAAUAUUAUGCAAUGUAUAAAAAUGUAUAAAAAUCCUGUCUUAACGGAUCCCGAAAAUGUGUAUUGAAACGAAAGAUUUACGUUGUUCCCCCCUCCUCUAUCUUUAGACGUUUAGAUCUUUGGCAGAAUUUUUUCUUAGAAAAUCUUAGAUGAUGAAAAAUGUAUGUUUCGCAUUUGAAAAUCGACGUAUCGGAGCAUUGAUCACGAGAGAAUAUGAGAGUCGGGCGAUAAAAGUCGGUCGUGAUCGUGACUCAAUUAGGGGUUCGCUUAUCAUGAAUCGCUGGACUCUUGAAAAUCCUAAAACCUAAUAAAAUCGAAUAGAGGAUCACGGUGUGUACAUAUCCCGAAGAAUAUUCUUAGCAUGUGGGUAGAGGCUGCUUCAAACAUGGCUCUUCAAAUAAACACCUAAGUGACUGUAUACUCCGAAAGUCUGCAUGCAAAGAUAACCAUAUGGCUUCCAGAGAUAUCAUCAGCCAUACGUCUCUAUGCUAUUAUUCCACAGAUACGUAUAACCCGAAUAGCAUCUAUUUUUGUUUUUUUCCGACUUUUAUUCCUCCUCCCUAUUUCUCUGUUAACGUAUGACUGAUUACGUUUUCGUUCCUACGAUUCCCUACGAUCGUAAGCGUAUUUAUUUAACGAUUAGUAGUAAGUUAAUUAUAGCGAUAAAUAUAGAAAGUAUAUAAUUUCUAUGAAAAAAAA